GCCGUCUGGAGGCCCUGAUCCCCUUCCCUGUGUGGACCCCGUCUCACUUGGCAGGCGUGGCGAAGGCUGACCCUGAGUGGCCCCCUGCCCGCUGGGAGAGCUGCCUCUGCCUCCACCCCAGCCGCUGUGGGCCGUGGCCGCCUCCCUGGCAGCCUUGCCCCGCAGAGCCCAGGAGGAAUUUCCCACAGACGGGCCGGGGGAGCUCAGCUUCCUUACCUGUUUUUCUCGGGGAGGGGGAUUUCCAGCUCCUACCCCGCUCUCGUCCCAUCCCCAAGCGAGGCCCCCUGCCUGAAACUUUUUAAAGUAACUGUUGAAUGGUUAAUUUCAUCUCACGGUUGUGAUUUGAAAGGUACAAAAAUGACACAGUAGAGCGUCCCCUUCCUCGAGGGGUGUAAGAGAAAAUGCACACGUAUGCACACGUUCGUCUGGUGUGCGCACAUGCGUGUGCCUGUGUCCUUCCCCCUUGACCCACCACAGAGUUCCUGCACACGGGCCUUCCCCGCCUGCCCUGGAUCCACCCAGAUCUGUGUCUGAGGGCGCCACGCGCUCCGUAGGAUCACACUGGGUCGUUCCAGUCUUUACUGCUGCCUUGGUGCCGUGGGGGCACCCUAAGCCCAGGGUGGGUGUGGGGCAGGGUGGGGAGAGCCUGAUGUGGCCUCUAAAGUUCGUGGGGAGGCGGAGUUGGCCCCGCCAGCAGACGGCACACAGAGUCCUGCUGGCCUCCACCCGGCCGGGGAGUCGGAGUGGGUGCUGAUGGUUUGCUUUCACAGGACUCCCCACCCCCACCCCAAAGAAGUACCUGGGUGUUCACACACGUCCCGGCACGUGAGGCCGGUGACACACACAUGUGCCCGCGCACGGACACGGGUUCGCACGUGCUCUUGGGCACACUGCCCCCAGGAUGCAGCUGCAGGCGUUUGGUCCGUGGGGCCGUCCGAACACAGCACCAUGCAUGGGGCAGCUUAAACAGCGGUCCUGGGGCCCCGGUCAAGUGUGGGCAGGGCUGCUCUCUCCUGAGGCCUCUCUCCUUGGUGGCAGAUGCCGCCUUCUCCUUUGUCCUCGCCAGGCAAAGAGACCCUCCCUCCCUCAAGGUGGGAAGAGACUCUCCUGGGGUCUCUCCCAAAAGGACCACGGUCCUGUGGGGUCAGGGCCCAGCCCUCUGACCCCGUCUAGCCCUAACCACGCCCCUAGAGGCCCCAUCUCCAAACACUGCCACGUUGGGGGUUGGCUUCAGCACGUGGGGACACAGUUCAGUCCCUGACACUUGCGGUGUUCAGACACGCUCAGCCUCACGCACACUCUCCCACACCAGCACCCCCCUGCGUCCGCACCUGCCUGCUUGCCACACUGCUCCACACCUGCACGCGCUCUCCCACGUGCUCCCACGGGUGCACGCUUGCUCUGAGCUAGUUCUGGGCACUUGUGCCAGGGACCGUGCUCUGGAGGCGGGAGCACUCCUUUUCUUCCCCCUGAGCUGGUGCCCAGUCAUGGGUCCAGAUGGUGAAGGGCCUGUCUCCCGACCCAGUGUGCUGCCUCAGUUCACCCGUGUCCUCUGUGCACACUUUUGCUGAGGGGGUGAAGACUGGCGUGAAUGUGGCCUUUUGUGUGUGUGUGGGGGGGGGGGGGUAGGAAUAGCCAGCCGCCUGUCCCCCCGGAGGGGCCGACCCUGCCCUGUACAGGGAGAGUGGGUGCCCAGAAGGAGCGGGCUUUGGAGGGGUUCUGAGACCAACCCUCCUCCAAGUGGCUUGAGUGGGCAGAGCAGGGCAGGAAGGCAUCCAGGGUGCCCCGCUUCCCUGGUGAGAUGGGAGCCAGAGGGGUCCCGUGUCGGGGGGCGGGGGUGGGUGUAGACCGGAUGGGCCUGGCAGGGGCCAGGGGGCUGUGGGGCCGCACUUUGGCCCCGGGGUCUGUCUGCAUGCUGCAGGAGGGGUCUGGGCUGGUGCCCAGCUGCCAGCUGGCUGAGUGUGAGGUUAGUAGGUGUCGUUGAGGGGAUGGGGACCGGGCCCCGGGGCAGAAGAGAAGCCCACAUCCCAGACAGGCUGCCUUCCUGCCACCAGCCCGGGUCAGGGGUCGCCAGCCCUUCCUGGGCCUCCUUCCUCCUGGUCCCCUCCUCCUCCCUCCCUCCCCACCCCUCCCCCGCAGCCCUUAUAGCCACAUCCUGCAAGGAAAAACCCCAGACUCCUGCACCGGGCAGAGAUGAGGGUGGCUGUGGGGGCUCAGCGGCCCAGGGCGCCUCACUCAGCUGUCCAGCUCCUGGGGCUUGUGCUGGGCACCGCGGCCGCGCUCCACUGUGUCGGGAACACCUACCCCAAAGACGGCAGGUGCUGUAGCGAGUGCCCACCAGGUUAUGGGAUGGAGAGUCGCUGCAGCAGUGACCAGGACACCAAGUGCCUCCAGUGCGCGUCCGGCUUCUACAAUGAGGCCGUGAACUACGAGCCUUGCAAGCCCUGCACACAGUGCAACCAGAGAAGUGGGAGCGAGCCCAAGCAGAGAUGCACACCCACGCAGGACACCGUCUGCCGCUGCAGGCCAGGCACUGAGCCCCAGGACGGUUACGAUCGUGGAGUCGACUGUGCCCCAUGCCCACCGGGAUAUUUCUCCCCAGGCGAUGACCAGGCUUGCAAGCCCUGGACCAACUGCACCUUGGCGGGAAAGCGCACGCUGCGGCCGGCCAGCCAAGGCUCAGAUGCCGUGUGUGAGGACAGGAGCCCCCCAGCCACCACGCCUUGGGAGACCCAGGGCCCCCCAGUCCGGCCCCCUACCACCCAGCCCACCACAGCCUGGCCUAGGACCUCACAGGAGCCCUUCACACCCCCUGCAGAGCCCCCCAGGGGUCCCCAGCUGGCCGCUGUCCUGGGCCUGGGCCUGGGCCUGCUUGCCCCGGUGGCGGCCGCACUGGCCCUGCUCCUGCACCACAGAGCCUGGCGGCUACCCCCCGGUGGAAAUAGCUUCCGGACCCCCAUCCAAGAGGAGCAUGCCGAUGCCAACUCCACCCUGGCCAAGAUCUGAGCGGCCAGGCCAGGGGCCCAGAGGGUCUGCUAGACAUUGAGGGGCCGUGGGGCACCCCCAAGCACGGGCCGCCACAUCCCACCUUCCCACCACCCACCCUGCCACCCUGCGCCGUUUUAGGUGCUCCUGGGCUGACACCCAGGGCUCUGCUAUGUAUGCUGUGCAUACUCCCCGCCCAGGGUGGUGCCCCCCCCCCCCCCCAAUAAACGACAC